UUCUGGUUCUCGUGAGGAAGUCUCGCGCAUUUUUGGCAGCCACGGUGAGGCGCAACCAAAGCAGAAACAGCGAUUGGAGCGACGAGAAGGGAGCUAGCGGCCCUUUGGCUGAGCUUGACUGUAUUUCAGGCAAAAGGAGCAUCAGAUAAAAAUGACCAGAGGAAACCAACGUGAGCUUGCACGCCAGAAGAAUGCCAAAAAGCAUUCUGAACAGACUAAAGGGAAACGGGGCGACGAUGGGCUGUCUGCUGCUGCACGGAAGCAGAGGGAUGCUGAAAUAAUGCAACAGAAGCAGAAAAAAUCAGAUGGAGGGGAAAAACCUAAAAAAUGAAGAAAAACCCAGAACCACAUUCUUCUUCCUGAUAUUUAUGAGAAUUGAUCUGUCAUUUUCGUCUAGACAUGAAAAUCUAGGAUCCUACAUUCUUCCCUAUGGAAAAUGACAUUUUGCUUGUUCGAUUUGUUAUUUUAGUCGGUGAAAUCAUGCCUGAGCAAGUUAGUGGUUGUUCACGUUGGUGCUGCAUGCACCGGAGCAUCAGUAGUGUAAGGAGCUGGAGAAAGAUGAACAAUUCUUGACACAAAGCAUCUAUGUAACAGUUGUGUAUUUUUGUACAAAAAUGUCCCCUGCUGGUUUGAAUAAAGUGUAUCUUCUUAUAAAUUCAAA